AUGGUCAUAUUUCUUAUGUACACUGCUCGUAUUUACAGUAGUUUGAAUGUGAAUAUUUCAUGCGUCAUCACAAAUAAACAAAGAAAAGUUGCCCCUCGCGUCCAAUACUUUACCAUCCCCCACGCAAUCCACAUGGACUCCACUGGAUUCCACUGGACUCCACUGGACUCCCCUACAUACUGGACCAUUAUAACAAUAUUCACAAAACUGGACUCCACUGGACUCCCAACACAAAACUGGACUGGACUGGACUGGACUGGACAAACUGGACUCCACUGGACUUUCCCAACACAAAACUGGACUGGACAAACUGGACUGGACUGGACUGGACUGGACUCCACUGGAUUGCCAGAACUUAAGCUUGAAGACACUUAG